UCAUUUGUACGCGAACACGGCCGCGAGAGAGAGGAAAAAAAAACGUCCAAGAAAAACGCCUCAGUUCGUGAAAAUACAGUCCGGAAAUUUGUUUUGCAGUGCUUUGGCAGCGCACCCGCGCCUAAAGUGUGUCGCAUUUCGCAUCACAAACGUUUCGCUGAACGGGUGUUAGGCCGCUCCGAAGCAUCCGUUGGGCCGUCGUCGUCUUCGUCACCAUCAUCAUCAUCAUCAUCACCAUCCCACUGCACACACAACAGCGUCAGUGAGCAUCGAAAGAACAGGGCAGAAGCGGUACUGCAGCAUCGUAAACAGCGCACUCAGCAGUCGCUGGAAAACCCAUGGAAAUGGUGUCGCUGGGGCCGAAAAAGGAUGGAAAUCCUAAUGCGGAGUUUUUUACCGCACCGGAAACACUGCAAGGGUUCGAAACGGUGCGGCUGUGGUUGCAGAAACACUUCAAAAAGUUUCUUGCACCCGAUCCACCAACGAAAGAAUCUUUGGCACAUCUGAUCAUUCAGUUCAUACAGUAUCAGGAAGCGAAGCUUGGUAAAAACUCCCAAGAUCCACCAACGACGCGACUGCCGAUACGAUGCUUUAUGGAUUUCAAACCGGGCGGUGCGCUGUGCCACAUUCUGUCCACCAUGUACCGCUACAAGGCGGAACAGCGCUGGCGAAAGUUUGACUUCACCGUCAACAAGAACCCGAUGCGCAAGGAUCCGAUCGGGCAGAUGGUGCUGGACAUUGAGACGGCGCUGAUCGAAGCGGAGUGUAUGCGGCUCCCGAUCGUGUACAUUCGGCCGGAGGUGGACCGUGCCACGGCUAACAAAAUCACCGACAUCGUCACAAACCAUCAGGGCGAGAUCACGGCCGAUGAGGAGGAGGCGACGCACAUCAUCUAUCCCGUCAUCGAUCCGCUGCCGGAAGAUUACGCCCGGCCUACGUUCCGGCGCGAUAAGCACGUCAUGAUCCAUUGGUACUACUUCCCGGAGUCAUACGACACAUGGGUACCGAACUCGUUCGAUCUGCCCGAAAACGUACCCGAGAGCCCACCGUCCCCGGCCGAACGUUGGCGCGUGUCCGCCUCCUGGGUGAUCGAUCUGGACGAGUACAACGAGUGGAUGUCGGAGGAAGACUACGAGGUGGACGAGGUGGGCCGGAAGAAGGUGCAUCCGCACCGGCUCGGCGUGGAAGAUCUGAUGUCGAGCGUUGGCGGUGGCGGCGGCGGCAGUUCGGAAGAUAAGGUGAAGAAAACGCCCAAAGUGGUCAACUCGAAGCGCAAACGGUCGCCCUCGCCCGCCGCGGGUAAAGGGGGCAAGCGGAAGAGCUACCGUUCGCCGGCAGCGUCCGCGGCUGCAUCGUCCUUCCAGAAAAAACCGCGCGCCGACGACGAAGAGUCGGAAGACCUUACGAAAGACAUGGACGAUCCGACGCCGGAGACGAACAUCACCGAGGUGAAGCCGAACAUGGGCAGCUCCGCGUCGGGUCCGGCAACACCGCAGCCGAAGCGUGAUCCCGACAUGAUGCCCAUGAAGUACGCCACCGUGACGGAUCUGGACGAUGAGAUGGAGCGCGGCGUAGGUGCGUCCGGAGCCGGUGGCAGUGGUUCGGGCUCAGGUGGCGGUAGCGGAGGUUCGGGGCCCGGUGUCGGCGGGGACGACAGUCAGGCGGGAAAGACGAGCGACAGCAGCAACACGCAGGACUUCCCGGUCGGCGGGAAGGACGAUCUGGAGGACAAUGUGACGGAGCAAACGCACCACAUCAUCGUGCCGUCGUACUCGGCCUGGUUCGAUUACAACUCGAUACACGUGGUGGAGAAACGCGCGCUGCCCGAGUUCUUUAACGGCAAGAACAAAUCGAAGACGCCGGAAAUCUACAUGGCCUACCGGAACUUCAUGAUCGACACGUACCGGUUGAACCCGACCGAGUAUCUCACCAGCACGGCCUGCCGUCGCAAUUUGGCCGGCGACGUGUGUGCGAUCAUGCGCGUGCACGCGUUCCUGGAGCAGUGGGGACUGAUCAACUACCAGAUCGAUGCGGACUCGCGACCAACGCCCAUGGGCCCACCGCCCACCUCACACUUCCACGUGCUGAGCGACACACCGUCCGGGCUGCAGCCGAUCAAUCCGCCCAAAACGGCCCAACCAUCGGCGGCUAAGAAUUUGCUCGACCUGGACAAAAAGAAUGCCGGGCUGGGGGAGAAAAAGGAUGAGCUCGUCCCCGGCGCUGGUGGCCCGUUGGGUGCGAAUGGUGGCACGCCCGGCAGUUUGCUCGGUCCCGACGGCAUUAAGGUGGAGCAGGGUGCGAUUCCCACGGCCGACCCGAACGGACAGUUCGGGUUGCGGUUGGACCAGUACGCGAAGAAACCAGCGGCCAUGCGCAACAAGACGGCGGCCAGCAUGACGCGUGAGUGGACCGAGCAGGAAACGCUGCUGCUGCUGGAAGGGCUCGAAAUGUACAAGGACGACUGGAACAAGGUGUGCGAGCACGUCGGGUCGCGGACGCAGGACGAAUGCAUCCUGCACUUCCUGCGGCUCCCGAUCGAGGACCCGUACCUGGAGGAUGACAGCACGUUCCUCGGUCCGCUGUCGUACCAGCCGAUCCCGUUCAGCAAGGCGGGCAACCCGAUCAUGUCGACCGUCGCGUUUCUGGCGUCGGUGGUCGAUCCUCGCAUUGCGGCCAGCGCUGCCAAGGCGGCGAUGGAGGAGUUUGCCGCAAUCAAGGAUGAAGUGCCGGCUUCCAUGAUGGACGCGCAUCUGAAAAAUGUGGAAAAAUCGAGCUUUGGCGGAAAGUUUGAUCCGAACGCUGGGUUGGCCAACAGUGGCAUCGCCGGUACCGGCCCCGACAAGGACAAGGAAGAUGAGGCGGAGAGCAAAUCGGCGUCAGCGGCCGCUAGUGGCAGCAGUACGGCAGCAGCUUCUGGUGCUGCUGCGCCAUCGUCCACACCAGCCACGCCCAGCACAACGGAUGUGGAGAUGAAGGAUGUGUCGAAGAAGGAUGAUGCCGAUAAGGAAAAAUCUUCCGAUGAAACUACCACUAAAUCGCCUGAUUCCGAUGUCACAGCGACGGCGGACGCCAGCAAAGCAACGACGGAUGGCGCACCCGGUGCAGCGACUACCACUCCCUCGGCGGACAAGGAGAAGGAGGGUGGCACUGUGGCAGCCGUCGGACCGUCCACCACGGCAACCGGCGGCACGCCCGAGAGCGGAUCGACCACAGCAGCAGCAGCAGCAGCAGCAGCGUCGUCCACCGCUGCCAAAGAGAACGGUUCCACCGAUCCGAAGCUGUUCAACGAAGGAAACCUGCAGGCGGCGGCUGCCGCUGCACUGGCCGCGGCCGCCGUCAAGGCGAAGCAUCUGGCCGCGGUCGAGGAGCGCAAGAUCAAGAGUCUGGUGGCGCUGCUCGUCGAGACGCAGAUGAAGAAGCUGGAAAUCAAGCUGCGCCACUUCGAGGAGCUCGAGACGACCAUGGAGCGGGAGCGCGAGGGUCUCGAGUACCAGCGCCAGCAGCUGAUACAGGAGCGUCAGCAGUUCCAUCUGGAGCAGCUGAAGGCGGCCGAAUUCCGGGCCCGUCAGCAAGCCCACCAGCGGUUCCAGCUGGAGCAGGGCCAAUGGCAGCAACAGCAGGCCCAAGCGCAGGCACAAGCCCAAGCCCAGGCGCAACAGCAGCAGCAGCAGCAGCAGCAGCAACAACAACAUGGCACGGCUGGAGCUCCGGGCCAGUUGCCGACGACAGGAGCAGCACCACCGCACCACGCUUCACAGCAACCGGCCGGUUCACAGACAAUGCCGGGCGGCCAGCAUCAUCAUCUCGCCGCCAAUCCGGGAGCUAACACGCCAAAGCCGCCAUCUAUCGUUGGUGGCCCAGGGAUGGUACCGGGAGCGCCUGGAGCAGUUCAUGCCCCCAGCAACCAUCCACCGUCGGUCGCAGCAGCAGCAGCAGCAGCAGCAUCUUCGUCGACCCUGCCGGCGACAGCAUCCUUACCAUCGGUCAGCCAAGGACCGGUUCACGCACCAUCGGCCACGCCCUCGGCAGCAGCAGCAGCGGCAGCAGUGUCGCCAGCGUGCUCCAACGGUAUCCCCCCUAUUACCUCCACCCCCAGCUCAACCCAACCGCCCUCUACGAAUCCUACCGACGGUAUUACGCCAAGUAGCAUCAUGCCAACGGCCCCUUCACCGGCCGACCCGACAGCGGCAGUCCCGACCGCGACCGCUCCCGGAACCGCCGCCGUCCCGAUGGUGCCGCCGCCCCCGUCUGGCGGACCGCAACCACCUCCGUCGGAACAGCAUCACGCACCACCACCUCCGACCGGCUCGAUCGAAUCGCCCCCGGCAACGGUAGACGCAACGGGGGCGGCAGCAGCAGUGACGAACCAACCGUCGCCAUCCUCCGAGUCCCUCGGCGAGCCGGGCCAGGCGACAGCAGCGGAACCAGCAGCGUCGGGCCCGGCCGGACCGAGUGAAGGACAGCAGUCGGGGGCAGCAGCACCCGGUGAAGGGCCGGCGGCCGUCGCUCCACCAUCAUAACUCCGCCGGAACAAUCUUCACCUCCGCGAGCGGCUGAAGCAGCAGCAACCGGAGGCGAUCAAUCGUAGCGUGCGGCGGGUUCGGGCCCGGCGGCGUGCCAGCUGAGACGACCGGAUGAGCGGAUGAGACACGAACGCUGUGCUGUGUACAGAGCUACCAGACGGAAACGAUGAAUCUUGAAAGAGAGAGAGAGGGAGAGAGUAACAACUCGAUCGAUUGGCAGGAAGAGCCCCUAACCCAUGUGUGUGUGUGUGUGUCUCCCCCCCCCCCAUUUCAAUCCCCACUCAUUGUGUCGGCACAUUCGCUGCAGCUUCUGUGAAUAUGUCUCCUAUAUAUAUACAUAUGCAUGUGUGUGUGUGACAACAGUUUGCUAUAUCGUGAGUGUGUGAUAUUGUAAUGAACGCGCAUCCGUGUGACCCCGGUGGAUUCUGAUUCGCUUCAGCUAUUACUACAACCACACCACUUUUUAUUUGCCGUGACGGUUUUUGUAGCUUUUACCCUGUAUUUUGACAAUGACGCCAAUUUUAGAAUCCAUUUUCCGGCUCUGUUGGUGAGAGCUUUCGGCAAAAACACACACACACACACUCGUAUAAACGACAUUUUAAAUCAUGCAAACAGUAGAGUAAAAAGUGAAAUUAUUAAUCCGCGAGCGACUGGGGGGAGUGGCCUGAGCACAUUUUUGUUUAAUGUGAGGGAACCAGAGUUACAUAAAGGAUCAUCCCCGUCAUUACACCCUACUAUCACUGUGGAUUAGGAGCAUUAAGAUUAAUUAGAAAGAUAAGAGAGACAAAAUAAAAUUAAUUCCCUUAUUAUAGCUAGUACCACACAA